UGCUGUACUCUUUUCGAUUAUAAUUAUAGAUUUUCCGAGAAACAAUCUAAUCACUGUUGAUAAUGAAAUAUUGCAAUCGUAACGUUUAAUCACCAGUUACACUAAAUACCGUGAAACAUCGGUAUCGGUUAAAAUCCGCCAUUAUAAAGUGCAACACAGAUGGCGGUAGUUUAGAUUCAAUUGUAAAUAUCGCGUGCAAUGUUUCCGAAUAAUACCUUUCGAAUAGAUAACGUCUUAUCGGCGCAUAGAUAACCGUGCAGUGCACAGAUGAUUAAUAACGCAACGUUUGAUUGAAAUUUAUCGAUAGUAACGCAUCGUUAUGGGAAAUUUGUGGUCCAACGACUUUAUCCUCGACGAAGAAACUCUUCUUACUUACGUAGAGUUGACUUACUUGAAGCGACGGGAAAUACUUUGCAUCGUCAAACGCCUGAAUAGUAUUGAGCCAGGAAUACUUCGUAACGAUCUUCACCAUCGUUUCACCGUCGAACAAGUCAGAUCAAUAUUGCCUCAAAUUGCGCACAGUCCAUUCCAAGACUCGAUAUAUCGAGUAUUUUCUUCUAAACAAGAUGGCUGCCUAAGCUUGGAGGACGUGCUGGAUCUAUGUUCAGCUUUUUCGGAAAAUUGUCCCGAAAACAUUCGCGCUGCUUGGGCAUUUCGUAUCCUUGACUUGGACGGCGACAAUGAAAUUUCAGCAGACGAUUUGAUCCAGAUUGUACGUAGACUGACGCGAAACCACGAGGCCGAACGCGAAAGCAUCGAUAACGCGGAGGUGGAAUACGUUGCACGAAUGGCAAGUAUCGAUAAUACAUAUUUACCGCCACGUAUUACCACCCAGAAUCAACUGACAUAGCAUAGCAAGCGUUUCUAUCGCAGGGUCAUUGACCAUAGCCGAAAACGAUAUCAUUUUGAAACAU